AUGGACGAUCAAACGAGGGCAGGUUAUGAGACGCAGGCCCAGAAGCUUCGUACUGAACUGAAGAGCUGGGAAACCUCCUGGGCAAAAUCCCAUGAAGGAAAGAAGCCCAGCAGAGACGACAUCAAGCGCAAUGCAGACAUAGCACAAAAAUACAAGCAGUACAACAAAGUCCGCGACGUCCUUUCUGGCAAGAUCCCCCCGUUUCCGAAACAAGAGUCACGACCGAAGAAGCGAAAAGAAGAUCCCGUGCCAACAACGACGCCUUCCAAGAAACAAAAACAUGCCGAGACGCCCUCGAAAAGAAGAUCGAAUCCUGACGGUGCCGGUCUCGCCAGUACUCCCUCGAUAUCCAGGACACUAUUCAGCCCUGCAGCCCCGCGAUCGAUCGGCCCGACGCCGCAGCGCGACGGCCGCGUGCUUGGGCUGUUUGACUUGAUGGUAGAGCGCGAACUGGGCACACCUUCAAGGAAGAACCGGGACCUGAACACUGCCGCCGAUUCAAGGUCAAUGACGACACCGCGGAAGCGUGCGACGCCUCCCGACGACGAGGACAAUGCGAGAUUCGGGCGGACCCCCAUGUCGGCCAGUAAACGACAGAUGCUGGAUAGCUUCAUGACGCCGCUGAAAAAUAAAGACAGCGGACCGCCUGAUGCCAAGACGCCUACUACUGUUUCGAAACUCCAGUUCAACACUCCGUCCUUCUUGAAAAGACACACCCAGCCGCCCCCGACCAAGGACGAUGACUUUGUGGCCCCGCCUUUACGUUUGCCCCGGAAGCCGAUAGUCCGGGGUCUCAGCGCCAUUGUCGCAAGUCUCAGGAAAGUGGAGGAGGAACAACUCGACAACGACGACGAUCUCGAUGCUCUUCGGGAAGCGGAAGGCGAAGUCGUCCGGCCGAAAGCACCUCCAAAGCCGAGGGAUGACUUGCUUGCUGUCGACAGCCAAGUGCACCUGCCUCUGGGUGGCUUCGACGACGAAGGCUUAUACGACAGCCCCGACGAAGACCAGACAGGACGGGAUGGAAUGCCGCUAAGAGUGUAUAAGAAGAAGGGCCAGAAGCGGACGACGAGGAGAGUCAACAUGAAGCCUGUGCGCAGCAAGCGGCCAUCUGGUCCGGCCGAGGACGGACAGGAAGAGGAGGCCGAUGAAGAGACGGUACCGGACACACAAGCCAACGGGGCAGCGGAUGAUACGGAAGACGAGCUUGCAGGCGCGGGAUCCGGCUCGGACGACGAAUUCGACGAGUCGGCUUCUAGAGCCAAAGCAACCAAGAAGGCGGCAAAGAAGACGGAGAAGGUGGGAACAGUCAAGAAGGCCGUGAGAAAGGUGAACGAGAUGGCGCACACAAACUUCCGCCGGUUGAAGCUAAAGAACAACGGCGCGAAGGGCGGGCCGGGUUACAACAGCAAGUUCCGGCGCCGGCGCUAA